UCUGGUUACUAACAAAGCCUGUUGAUGUUUCGCUUUCCGUUUUAACAGUCUUCAGGAACAGUAUGAGUGGAUUCCGACCUUCCACUGAAAGACCCACGGUCUACCCUUUUAAUGGCAAAUCUGAGAACUUGCAACAUGACUUUUCCCAGAAGCAGUCAGGAGAGACGAGAAACACACAUCUACAGCCCCAUGAACAGAGUCGAGGAUCUAGAACAGGCAAAGACCAUCAAUAUGGCAGACCUGGAUAUCAAACGCAUUAUGAUGAGCAGACUGCCAACCUGGAUUUCUAUCAAAACAAGAAGCGUUUUGAGCCAAAUGGCGUAUAUAUAGAGGAACUGCUUACUAAAUGGAAAGAUGAUUAUAAAAGGCUGGAGGUGAAUCAUUCCUAUAUUCAAUGGCUGUUUCCAUUGCAGAAACAUGGGAAAAAUCCAAAAGCCAAACCGCUGACAGAUCAUGAGAUCGAGGCGAUGAAAGAAGAUACAACAGUCAUGGACAGAUUUCUAAGAGCUUAUGAACUGAUGCUGGGCUUCUACGGGAUUAAACUCCACAACAAAGCGACUGGAAGUGUUGCACGUAACAGUAAUUACUUGGAGCGAUUCGAAAACCUGAACAAUUACACUCACAACAACCUGCGCAUCACCCGGAUCCUAAAGUGUUUGGCGUUGUUGGGGUAUGAGCACUUCCAGGCCCCACUAGUCAAAUUUUUCCUGGAAGAGACCCUGCUUUACAACAAUCUAAAGAAUGUAAAAAGUAGUGCAACUCAUCAUUUCUUGCUGGCUGUAAAGGAUGACAAGGAAUGCUGUGAUUUGAAGAAGUAUGAGAGUUCUCUGAAGACCAGUAAAGAAAGUGAAAUAAGGAACAAGAGAAAGGAAGAAUGUAGGCCUGGCUCAGUGUCCAGUUGGCCAAAACAGAAAAGCAAUUAAAAAAAAUCAGUCCUUUUAUCAGUUGCACACUCUGGGCAUUAUAGACAAGCCAAAAUACAUGUAAUCAUUGUACACAGGGCGUGUCUAGUACUUCUGCCGGGAUCGUUUUCUGUCCCAGUACCCGGCAAUUCAGCUCUGAUUAAUCACAGCACUGCCGAGUACACAGAGAAGGUCGGAAGCAGGAGCUGUAAAAAUAAAUAAAUAAUAAUAAUAAAAAAUAAGAAAUACAGAAAGUUACAUUGAAACAUUGCAUCAUUUGUAACUUUCUGUGUUUUCACGUGCAGAUCGAAGUUCAUUCCUUUGAUCUGUAGAUGGAGAGUUAAAUCAACCUUGACAAGUUUAAAAAAACAAAACAAAAAAAAAAAACACUUUUCUUUCUUUAUAAAUGUUCCUUAUUAACCUCCUUAGUUUACUCCAGUAUACACUAAUUAACUCUGUAUUCUCCUUCUCCAUAAAAUUGUAAUUUUCCUGGUGAUUAAAUUUUUCUAUUUAAUUAA